AUGCGAUUAUUAUUAUUAAUAUUCGUUUUACAAGUACUCUUUGUCUCAUUAACAUCGAGUUUAUUCUCUGAUAAAAAAGUAAAAAAUGCACGAAAAUAUGAAUUACAACAAAAAAUAUUUUCAUUUGGUAAUUCGUAUACAAUUAAAGAUGAUAAAGCUCAACCGGUAUAUAAAGUUAGUUUUAAAAAAUUAGGUCUUGGAAAACAUUUAAAAUUGACGGAUGUAUCUUCAAAUCGUGAAUUAUAUGGUAUUAAACAUAUUUUAAAUCCAUUGGGUUUAGCCACAUAUGAAAUAACACAAAAUAAUAAAACCAUCGCUUCUGUUAAACGAAAAUUUGCAUUAACAAAGAAGUUUUCUGUUAAAUCACCAACCGGCGCUUAUAAAAUUGAUGGCAAUUUUCGUUCAAGAGAGUUUAAUAUAAAAAAAGGUAAACAAUUGGUGGCACGUAUUAGUAAGAAAUUUUUUACUCUGUCCGACAAAUAUGGCGUCGAAAUACAAGCAGGAGAAGAUCCAGCCUUUAUCUGUGCCUUGACAAUUGUUAUUGAUGAAGUUGCACACGGUUAG